CCAUUUAUUUUUUGACGUAAUAAUAUUAUUUGGUUUUUGGCAGGUUGACCCAGCUUUGAAGAAGGUUUCUAUCAAUUAAAUAUUUGCCUCAUUAGUGUGAUUUCAAAGGAAAACUUUUAUAACGCGUGAUGUGUUAUUAAAUUGACUACUGUUUUUAUUUGAAUGUGUCGUAAAUUAACGCUAUGAGUAAUGAUCCGCAAGUUGCAGAGCAAGAUUGCGCAGUUUGCUUACAAAAAUGCCAUCAUCCUACCCAGCUUCCUUGUGGACACAUCUUUUGUUUUCUUUGUGUGAAGGGAGUUGCAAUUCAAAGUAAAAAGUGUGCUAUGUGCAGAGCAGAAAUCCCACCAGAUUAUUUGGACCAUCCAGUACUUUUAGAGAAAACUUCACCUCAAGCUAGUUCUGAGGAAGCGAAUGAAGGCUACCAAUGGUAUUAUGAGGGGAGAAAUGGUUGGUGGAAAUAUGAUGAAAGAAGUAAUAUUGAAUUAGAAAAUGCUUAUAAUGCUGGAAGCCCUGAGUGUACAUUACUACUAGCUGGGGCUGUGUACAGAAUAAACUUUCAAAAUAUGGUACAAAUGAGACAGAAUGAUAGGACCAGAAGACGCAGAGUUCAGAGAGACACCCCUACACUGCCAGCGAAAGGCAUUGCUGGGAUCAAAAUUGAUACACCCAGUAACGAAACUAAGAAUGAAUCUGACACUUCAAACACUAUUGAUCUAACCAGUAAUGACAACAGUAAUGAUGCUGAGCCAGUGGAGAUAGGAGAUAGUGAUGAUGGUGAAGUCAGUGAGAUCACUUCACAAGAUAAUGAGGUCAAUGAAUUAGUUCACAGAACCAGGUAAUGCAGUGCCAUCAACUUGUUCGAUCCCACCAGGUAUGCAAAUGAGGACACAUGAUUUUGGACAUGCCUUUGGUUCAUAACUUUUUAAGGAGCAAUCCUAAAUAAUACAGUAGUCUCCACUUAAUAUGAUCAUGUUUAAAAUGAUCUUCAGCAUAAUAUGCCAGUCCCUGUAACUUGAGCAAUCUGUAUGUACUAUUUAUUUUGUAGCAAGUGGAAAUCCGUGGCCUGUGCCUACCCCUCCAGGAAAUAGGAGUGAUUAUAUGUAUGUAUGUAUUUUUUUCCCCACUAUAUAUUUUUCUGCCUAUAAUAUGAUUUUUUUUCAUCUGGUCCCUUUAUCAUCUUAAGUGGGUUGUACUGUUAUUAAUUAUUAUAGGAGUCUCCAAAUUUUGACUCAAGGGAGGGAUUUUGUCAUUUUAAAUAAAUUUGACCUAAAGACUUUCGUGUCUGCUGUUGCUGUCCCAGGCUAGACUCUUGUUUGGUUCUCCCGCUUACUUUCUGCAGGUUGGACUUUGUAUGCAGACCAUAGCUUGGUUUGGAGAUCUCUGGUUUAGAGUGCUAGCAUAUAUAAUGGUGGUAUGGUAAUGAGUGGUAUAAUAUAUAAGUAGUUGUGUAAACUACUUAUAUAUUAUACCUCCAGGCCUCCACAGAAUGAAUACUAACAUGUGACACAGCAGAAGACUUAGUAAAUUUCUUUUCAUAUUUACAUGUAUCAAACUAAGAAAAAUAAAGCUCAGUUUUCUUUUAAGCUGCAAAAUUUAUGUAGUGUAACUCAUAGUUAAAGGCAAUUGUUAUUUUAUGUUGUUGUAAUUAGGUUAUUUAAACCAACUUUGUUCAUUGUUUUAUAUUUAAGAUGUAAAGGUUAAAUAAAUAUACUUCUAUGUAGAUUUUUA